AUGUUGAGUUCGUGGGCAGAAGAUAACAUAUAUGAUCUUGAAAGCAGUGAGAAUCCGAUAUUAUGGACGGAGUUGAGUACCAGUAUAGUGAUCUCCGACGGGUUCACGUCCGACACUCCCCAUUCGAUGCCGGAACUGGGCGAAUCUUCCUUCAUUCCGAACGGGACUAGCUGUGAAUUCCUUCAAAUGAACCAUCGUCCUGAUGUGAUUUCGCAGUUUGACCCGAGGCACGCUGUGAUGUCUCUCGGUUUAGAUACCAGUGUCGCGUUACCCUUGGAAUUUAACCCACGUCUGGGGUCCGAUGGGUUGUCGGCGCUCGUCAAUGCCGCAACGUCCAGCAGUGGUUUAGUGGUGGCGGAUUGUCUACGUGGCUCGACGGAGAAUCUUUACCUUCCCGUGACGGAUUUCGCGGACUGUGAUAUGACGGACGAUAAGUCCAGCCAUCGUGUUGGUUUCGACGUUCAGUGA